GGGUGCCUGGGGACUUGGGAGUUCUUCAUCUGGAUAUUCUCACAGAAGCCACUUCUCUUGCCAAACUUUUGUCCGUUGCGCAUCCUUUACACAAUGAAGUUCUUGAUUGCUUUUUUCGCGUUGAUUGCCGUUGUGGUGGCCAAACCUCGUCCUCAGGAUUUUAAGACUCCGGAUUACUAUGACUACCAACCAGAACCUAAGGUGCAUCAGUCCGAGGUACAGCCAGCUCAAUUUGUAAGGACCCCUGACCCUUACCAGGGCAACUACAACUUCCCAACAAGAGGAUCAACCACUGAAAGGAUCACAAGGAAGCCUAUUGUCGAUGUUACUCACUACGACAGCGAAAGUGAUGACACUCACUACUCCUUCUCAUUUGAGACGGAAGAUGGAGUAAAACGAAAAGAGGAGGGAGAGCUUGUUAAUGCAGGAUCAGAAGAUGAGUCCUAUGUAGUUCGAGGUUCUUACAGCUACAUCAACGAAGGUGUUCUUUAUGUUGUAACGUACUAUGCUGAUGACACAGGAUUCCAUCCACAUGUGAAGAAGUCCCCAGUUGCCCUUACCCAUCACUAAAGAGAUUGCAGAAGUAAUUUGACCAAUAAAUUCACUUAGGCUAAAUUUUAAAAAUUUGUGACCAAUAAAGAUGACUCAGUGAGAUCCAAAAA